AUGCGACUCCGCAGCUUCAACUCGGACAGCCCCAGCAUGCUGGGAGUGCCCUCGGAGGCACAGGCCAGCCCCCUGGAGCGCUACCCAGGGAGACCAGGGAAGGCAAAGCUGGACUGCACCCGCACCCGUGACUCCUGCGACUUCUAUUGCAGCGAGCCAUCGGAGCUGGGGGAGCCUGUGGAGGAGUACGAGGAUGAGGCCACUCUCUUUGACAUGGUGUGCGAGUCCUCUGUCACUGAUGAAGACAGUGAUUUCGAGCCGCACACCCACCGGGCCCCUGCCGGUCCCCGUAAGCGACCGGCUGGCGGAAACUUGUUUUGGGGAAGAGCAUGUCACACAAACUCACUGCUUCGACUUUCUUUUGUCUUUCCCCUUCUCCCUCUUCCAGACCAGGAUGAGAGAGCAGCGGAGCUCAGCAGGGAGCAGAAUGAGAAGACCAUUCGCAGCACACAGACGGCUCUCCGCAACUUCCGAGAAUUCCUCAUCUCCAAGUAUCCUUCUGAGACUCGGGAGAUCUACGUCAUCCCCUGCAAAGAGCUUGAUGCCUACCUUGCUUCCUUCUUUGUGGACGCCAGACAAAAGGAUGGGUCUGAAUACGAGCCAAACAGUCUGGCCAACUAUCAAUGUGGGCUGGAGCGGUAUCUUAAGGAGCACAGGUAUGGAUACAGCAUUACCAGGGAUAAGGAGUUCAAGAGAUCCCAGGAAGCUCUAAAGCAAAAGCAGAUAGAGUUGAGGUGUAAAGGAAAAGGAAACAAGCCACACAAAUCCAUGAAGCUCACCUUUGCUGAUGAGCUUAUCCUACGCAAAAGAGGCUUACUGAGCCGGUACAACUUUGUCUGGCUGAACAACACUAAGGCGUUUGGACACUGCACGGGUUUCCAUGGGUCCACCCUCAAGUGGGGAGACAUCCGGCUGCGGGUGACAGAGACCGGGUUGGAGUACCUGGAGUGGAUGGGGCCAGACAACGGGGACGUCAAUGCCAAGAGCAAGAGAGGUGGGACGGACUCACGGGUGUACGCCACCCAGCACUCCCCGCAGACCUGCCCUGUGCAAGACUACAAGGAGUAUGCCCAGCGGCGGCCCCCAGCCAUGCGCUACGAGGACGCGCCUUUUUACCUGUCCAUCAAACCCGUCGUCAACUUGGCUGCGCUUCACUGGUACAAUUGCCAAGCCCUGGGGAAAAACAAACUUGCCAAGAUGGUAAAGACGAUGUGCGAGAAAGGCAACAUCCCUGGCAGGAAGACCAACGGGGCGCCCCGGCCCGGGGGGAGCCACUCCAAUACUGGCAACUUCAUAGUGUCUGCGUCCUAUGACUCUUCCUCUGACACCGCUUGAAAGAGGGGUAUCACCUGAACACUUUUUUUUUUCCUUUUUGCUUGAAGUGUUCAAUUUGUGCCCACUAAUACACAUCAUCUGUGAUUUUACACCAUUCCCCCAUAGCCCUCUCUCCAGUGUUAAUUCACUUUAUAAAAUAUAUAAAUACAUAAUAUAUUUUUCUUUUUACAAAUAAGUCAAUUGAAAUAGUUUAGUAUUACUAACAUAGUAUUUAUAGUGUUAAUACAAACAUGAAAGGUACUUAUGGGUUAUAAUAUAAAUGCAGAUUUUAAAAAGACAAAAAUGGUUCUCAGGCAACACAAGACAGACUGGAAAUUGUGUUUUUAACAUGCACACAUCAGUGAGUGUAAAUACCCAGGGAGGGUUAUGUAGCAGUUCUGUUUUAAAGCAUUUUUCAACUUCUUGUUUUAACAUGACCUCCCAGAGUGGAGGAGACAAACUUACCACUGGCUGCUGCUUCUUAUCUGCUGGCUUAUUCUUGCUCAG